CAACGGGUUCGAAGGAUACGCAAUCCCAUACGUGACUAAAAUACCAAGGAAGAACGUAUCAUGGUAUUCCUAGAACAACUUAAGCUAUGAAGAUUCCAUCCGUUUGAAGACCAAUCAUUGUCUCGCAGCCAUGACCUUCGAACCCCAAUGUGUGCGAAGAUCGGCCACCAGUCUCGCGUUGAUGGAAGCCGAAGACGAGAACUGGUCUGGCUGGGCUGAUGCAAGACAGCGGCGAAUAGUACAGAACAGACUGAACAAGCGAGCGUCAAGUACUAUGUCCCACUGAUUAGUUCCCAGUCACUCAGCUCAUGGCUGACAGAGACCAGGACAGCGCAAACGGGAACAGCAAAACGCAGCUAUCGCCAUGGCCUAUUGCCCGCAGGAGCCGCAACGAUGCCAUGAACGUCAUUCAGAAGAAAAAAGCCGCGAAGUAGACAGCAGCGGAGAAGAGAAAGAAAGAAUUGUAACUAAAACAUAUGAUAAAGUCGCUGUUGUUUUCCAACCAUCCCGGCCAAUCAAUUAUCUCCGAGGACUGUCCCCAUCCUUGGAGGACUACCAUGUCCGCAGGUUAUUUCACUUGUUAUACACGGUUCUCUGGCCGACUUACCCUAACAGGACCUUUCCAACCCAAGAUUCCCUCAGUUGCGCCGUGUUCCAUGCCCAGAUUGCUGACCCGUUGUACCUCGACACGGCCGUGUCCGCCAUGGCCACGUACCGUCUGCGGUCGACAUGUGAUCUGGGAGACGUGCAAGCAUUGUGCACGGCGCAAAACAGGGUCCUAAGGAGUGUACGGAAGGCUUUAUCGGCUGGGCAGGUGUCCGAUGUCGUGAUCGUGUCAAUCCAGUACCUAGCAUUGAAGGCCCUGGAUCACCUUCCCCACGAGUUGUCAACGAGGAGGGGCCUUUUCAGAAGUGUUGGUAUCGAGAAACUCAAUGGCCUGGAUGUGAAUGGUCAUUUUCAAUUCGCGGAUCGCCACCACAGCAUUUUUGAGGGACUUCUGAGGGGGCAUGGGGGCAUAAAGAUGGUGCAUACCCCUGGUAUUGGCGAGGUCAUGAUGCGAAUGCUGUUGAUCAAGGCGAGCUGGAACCUGGAACGUCCAUUGUUUGACCUUUGCAACUCGUACCAAUACGUCCUCAACCAAGAGUUACCCGCCCUGCGACCCGAUUCCAAUGAAGUCGCAGCCUUCAAUGUCGAUGAUGACUUCAAGGAAAUCCUGCUAGACCUGCGACUAUGUUGCCGUCUCAUUGAGCAAAGGCUUCACCAUCCGGAGUCCACUGGAUUACUGCUGUACUCCCGAGACAUUGUACAACACAGGCUGCUGAGCCUGCCGCAUGAGCGCGACGCCGUAGAAAUAUGUCGGCUGGCGGCUUUAGUAUUCACGUAUGGGGUUACAUACCCUCUUCCCCAGCCCAGGCCCCUGCGCAAGGCCACGGAGAUGCUUUCGUAUGCACUUAAGCGGGUGCGGUAUACACGGGUACAUGCGACCGAGUUCCUCUUAUGGGCUGCCGUGAUUGGGGGUAUAGGGGCAGACUCGUGGGAUCAUAGUGGAAGCAUGGUUGCAAAUUUCACCGACAAGAUUCGUGAAUUUCGAGAUGCCUUGAACGUUGAAAGCUGGGAAGACGCCAAGCUCGUCCUUGACAAGUUUAUCUGGUUGGAUGCCGCUUGUGAUGAAGAUGGGCGUUUACUAUGGACUUGGGCAGCUGAUCUAAGUCAAGGGGUUCGUGGUCCACAGAUUUCAAUCAAUUGAGCCAUUACUGAGUGCAGCUUUCUUCUUUGACAAUAGUUAAUUGUAGAAAGAACAGUUGUUUAUCGGUGAUUGGGCAUACUUAACACCCGUUUUCUCUCUCCAGCAUCACCCACCAAAUGCAACACUCCCUCAUAA